AUGGAAGAAUCUCCAUCAGCGAUUGAAAAAAGAUCCCUUAUAUUAGAUGUACAAAAGCGAUUAUCUGAAAAAAGUCAGACGAGAUGUUUCUUUGACAUUGGACUUAAAGAAGAAAAUCAAAAAUUAGGUCGUAUAAUAUUUGAACUUUAUGAUAGUAUCGUACCACGCACAUGCGAGAACUUCGCAGCUUUCUGCCAUGGGGUGAACGGAUUGUCAUACAAGCGUACUCCAUUUCAUCGUAUUGUCUCUGGUUACUGGUGUCAAGGAGGAGAUGUCACAAAGUUUGAUGGUACCGGUGGCUCCUCCAUAUAUGGUGAUUCAUUUGACAAAGAAAAUUCUAGUCUACGUCAUACAGGACCUGGCAUCCUUUCAACAUGCGACAACGAUGACGGGAAAAACGACUCCAAAUUUAAUCUCACGUUUAAAUGCUUAAGAACUCUAGACGGAGAUAAAACCGUUUUCGGCCGAGUAAUAGAUGGAAUGAACAACAUCUACAAAAAUACCCUCAUCACAGCACGAGUCUACUACUCACCGUAUAUUUGCGCGAGCAAGGUAAAGCACACUGUGUACUUUGCUCGCGCGAGUAUACGAGUCAAAGUUAAGGAGGCUCUACUGUACGGCGAUGCUGGAGGUGAUAAGGAGAUUCAACAGGAUACUAGGGGUUUGAUGUCGUUUCUCUCUUUACAUAAAACUCUACAUGCAAAGAGAACUCUACUCAAGACAUCGAUAACGUCAUGCAAAGAGGUACGCGUACGAACGACGCAAAAUGCUACGACGCGACAAGAUUCGCAGUGGUUUCUCGUCGGCGCUCGUCGCACGAUGUCAGAAUCGAGCUUUCUGCGUCUCUACCUACCGCGAUGA